AUGUGGUGGCUCGAUCCGGGAAAGGAGCUGCUCCAGGCUAUCUUCAACAGGGUCAUGGCACCCUACUUGGAGAACUUGGAUAUGAAUCAGGUCAACUACGGUAUCGCUUCAGCAGACACUCUCAAAAACCAAGGUUUCAUUGAUAACAUCAUCGCCAAAAUCAUCAACAACUUCCAGGUCACCGUCAAGAACAUACAUGUUCGCUAUGAAGAUCACCUCAGUGUACCUGGCCAUCCUUUCGCAGCGGGUAUCACGCUCUCCGAGUUUACCAUCAUCUCUGUGGAUGGUAAUUGGCAGAAAGCAUUCGUGCCUUCCACAGCUGGCGCAAUUCACAAGCUUGCAGAGCUACGAUCAUUUGCGGUAUACUUUAACACGGAUAGUAAAAGUAUCAAAGGGCUACCUCUCAAGGAAUCAUCAGAAAAGUUUAGAUCUCUGAUCUCGACAAGUGAAAACCCGGUUAACGAGCACCAGUUCAUUCUCAAGCCAGUUAGCGGAAAGGGAAAGAUCACCAUGAACCACAAAAUCGACGCCAACACUCCAAAAUUCGACGUCGAGCUAGACUUUACGGAGAUUGGAUUCUUACUCGACAACCACCAGUACCGAGAUGUCAUCUCUAUGGUGGAUAUGUACCACUUCUUCCUUCGUAACCAGCAGUAUCGAAAGAUCCGUCCUACCGACGAGCAGAUGGAAGCGGGCAAGGCGAAGGCGAUGUGGAAGUUUGCCAGGGAAGCUGUUCUCGGACAGGUGCACGAGAAGCACCGACAGUGGUCGUGGGCCUACUUUGCAGAACGACGUGAUGACCGCAAACGCUACGUGACGCUCUACAAGCAGAAGCUUCCUGGUGCGCUCAAGGGACCAGGUCUCAAAGAGCUCGACGAUCUAGAAGCGAAGCUCAGUUAUGAGGAUUUACGAUUCUAUCGGUCGGUUGCUCGAGCAGAGCUCCGCAAAGACAUCCGAGACCGAAAGUUGGAGGAAGAAAAGAAGAGAAAGGAGCAAGAAGCACAAGGAAAAGGAGGUGGAUGGUUCGGUUGGGUGUGGGGAUCGUCCGGGUCCGCCAACAACGAGGAAAUCCUUGGGGUCCAGAUGAAUGACCAACGUCGCAAGGAACUCUUCGACGCUCUGGAGUACGACGAGAAAGCAGCGACUGCUGCUGCUUUUGAGCCCCCAAAGGACUCGCUCAAAGCUCGACUCCGCGCCAAAUUGCAAAAAGGCUCUCUCACUCUGCGUUCAGGUCCAGAACAUACGGCAUCAGAAGUGACGUCUGUGGUGUUCGAGGAUCUUCGCGCAAAAGCUAUUCAGCGGCCGACCAGCUUGGAUGCCAUCCUCAGCCUUGGGGAUCUUCAUGUCUACGACGGGACGACCACAAAUUCUCAGUAUCCAGAGAUCGUACGGAUUCGUAGGGACGACACCCCGAGCUCGUCUUUGGUCAAGGUCGAUAACGUAGACGAAGAUGACAACGAGGAGGCUUUAUUGUGGGUCAAGUUCGAGCAAGCUCCACUGGACGACCGAGCAGACAACGGCUUGACAGUCAAGCUAAGGUCCAUGGAAGUCGUGUAUCAUAAAGGAUACGUUGAAUCUCUCUAUACAUACUUCAAGCCCCCGGAGACCCAGAUGGAGUCGGUCGCAGCGCUCCUGGACGUCGCUAGUGAAACACUUGAAGGGUUCCGAAACGCAACAAGGGCCGGUCUCGAACAUGCGCUACAGAGCCAUAAGACUAUCGAUGUCAAGAUGGACCUACAAGCUCCUAUUAUCAUCAUUCCAGAGAAUAUCUCAAACAAGUCAAGUGUGCAUCUGAUAGUGGACGCUGGACACCUUGCCAUUGGGAGUGACCUCGUUCCGAAGAAGGAGGUGCAGCAAAUCUACGCGAAGCGCAACCAGCAAUAUACAGAGGAAGACUACAAGCAACUCGAAGCGCUCAUGUAUGACCGUUUCUCCGUCAGGCUUGAAGCCGCUCAGUUUGUUCUGGGCAAUGGACUCGACGACUGUCUUGCCGCACUCAAGGCGGAUGAUGAGCAUAACCUCCACCUCCUUGAGAAGACGAACAUGGAAUUUGCAUUACACAACUCAAUAGUUCCCACCGCUGUCCAGUUGUCGAAGAUCAAAGUCUCGGGAACGCUCCCAGAACUUGCCGUCAACUUCUCUAAUAUCAAGUACAAGCUUCUCAUGAGAAUCAUCGAUGCGUCGAUACCGAAGUUUGGUGAUGCUGCGGAAGCCCAGAAGCCUACAAGACCUCCUCUCGCCCCUGGUUCCAAGUCCCAACUACCUCUCCUUUCAAACGCGUUCACCGGGGAGAAGAAACAAGAGUACGUGGUUGCAGACAAUGAGGAUGACCACGCAUCAACUUUGACGAAGGAAGAGUUCUUCGAUGCAGAAGACGGAAAGCGUCUCGAUCUUCACCAAAAGCAGUUUGAGUUUCAUUUCACUGUCGGAAAACUCCACGCAUUGCUCUCCAAAGCCAAUACGUCGGGUAUCGAGGCUCCUCUUGCUGAGGUUGUCUUGGAGAGAUUUGGGUUAGACUUUGCCCUGGCUAAGUUUGACAUGCAAGUUGACGUUGCUCUUGGAGCGUUAUCGAUGAAUUACUUGGAAGUAGGAAAGGAGGCGAGCCCUUUCAUCUCCUCAGAAUCAUCAACGACUCAACAAGACCUCGUCAAAGUCAAAUACCUCCGAGUUCAAGCAGAGUCUCCCGAAUUCGAAAGUAUAUACGAAGGCAUCAAUCAGAGCGUCGACGCUGCAUUUUCAACUGUCGUUCUUCGUGCUCAGCCGGAGCCAGUUAUUGCUGUUUACGACUUUAUCAUGUCGACAUUUGUACCCGAGAAGCCAACAGUCGUUCAGUCCACGACCACUGCUGAGCAAAGCCUUGUGGCACUUCCGCGGGAGCCUUCCGCCCCGCCCACUCAAGGGCAGACCAAUGUGGAGAAGAUUCGAGUAAAUGUAAAGCUUCAAGGAGUUGAGGUCUUCCUGGCGAAUUCUGGUUCGAACAUUGUCAGGCUUGACUUGGUCAAAGCAGCGGUCUCCUUGCUAUUGCAAGGGAAUACGCUCAAGGUUGCUGGAAGGCUUGAAGACAUCUCAAUUUCUGAUGAAAUCACGUCAUCGGCUAAGAACGCACAGUUUAAAAAGAUUCUCCUCCGUGAAGGGGAUCAUUUCGCCGAUUUCUCCUACGAAACCUUCGACCCAGCAGACAAAGAGAACUUUAAUGGAAUCAACUCUGCUGUCUCGCUACGAACCGCAGCACUCAAAUUCCAUUUCGUCGAACAACCUCUCCAUGAAGUCUACCUCUUCCUCCUUAAGCUCGCCAAGCUUAAAGGGCUAUAUGAUACUGCAACACAGGCCGCAGCGCAGAGCGUCUCGGAGAUUACGCGAAUGCGCUUCGACGUUCUUGUCAAAUCACCUAUUAUUGUCUUCCCGAAGAACUCUGCAACGUCUGACGAUGCACUCGUGAUGAAGUUGGGAGAAAUUACUGCUCGCAACGCCUAUGAGGGCAAUCGACAAACAAUCGAAGCGAGUCUACAAGGUAUUGGGUUGACAUCGCAAGCUUUCAUCCAAGGUCAUCUUUCAAUCCUGAAAAUGAUUGACGACGUCUUGGUAACGACGACGGUGGUCCAAACCCAAGGGAUUGAUCACCACGCGACACCCAAUGAGCCAGACACAAAGAUCAACGUAAAUGUCUCGGACAUUAAGCUGGGUUUGACUCAGAACCAAUACUGCGACCUCAUCGCGCUGUCCCAGGCUGUCACUAGAGUCCUUGUCGCUCCUUCUGAUUUGACUGAAGGCCCCCAGCCGCAGUCUGUCCCAAUAGCACCCUCUGAAACCAGAUCUAAAGGGGCACUGAAUGCAGACGAAUCCCAAGAAGUUACAGCUCCUGCCGAUCUGGAGCCGGAGAUUGCACUUUCUCCUCGCCAGUCCGUUUAUCCCACCCUGGAUCUCGAGCUCAAAAUCAUGACCAUACGACUCCAACUUUUCGACGAGAAAGCAGUCAGCGAGGAAAAUCUCAGGAGUUGCGGAAUCGCUCGAUUUGCGUUGCAUGACAACGGUGUGCGCUUCAGAAUGUUUUCGAAUGGCGCUGCCGAGGCGGAAGUCAUCUUGAAGUCGUUCACGGUCAGCAAUACGAGACCAGGUCCAUCCAAGUUCCGAGAGCUCAUCCCGGCCGCGAAACAUGAUAGGAAUCAAUUUAUGGUUCUUUUCACCAUGACCGGUGGCAAGGAGAGUAGUUCAACAGCAAUUGUCACCAUCGAGUCCCCGAAGUUUCUGUUCACUCUAGACCCCUUGUUCGCCCUUGGCAACUUCUUCGCUAGUGCUUUCGUAACUCAGCGAGAGAGUGAAGAGAGAGAGGCAGACACGACAGUUGUCCCUACCAAGACCACGACGGAGAAAGAGGUUCAAGCAGAGAAGAGAGAAAGUCCCUUUGUUUUCCGAGUGGAUCUGAACGAUGUCUCUGUGACUCUCCUCGAAAGUGACACAGAUAUCAACUCCCAAGCAGUCCAGCUCUCUAUCAAGCAGCUCAUGAUGUCCCAACAGGGCAUCCUCGCAUUGACUGUCACGCGAUUGGGAAUGUCAUUGACACAAAUGGGCCGCCCUGAAGAAAGCGUCCGCUUUAUGGAUGAGAUUGACGUGACGUUCUCAAUGGAGAGCAAGCAAGCAAUGGCGUUACAGAGGACCAAUAUUGACAUUACUGCUCAACCCAUCGUCUUCAGAGCCUCUCAGCGUGACAUCAACCUCAUUCUUGCCAUCGUCAACAGAGCCACACAACUUGCAUCUCAACCAAGUGCAGGUGCCCCUAAAGAAAAUGCAAGGAGUACACAAAAGGCAAGGAGCACGGCCCCGAAGACUAAGACGCCCACGAUCGUCAUGGAGAAGCCGCAGCUAAUUUUGUCGACGGAGAAGCUCCACGCUUCGUUUGAUGGGUUCCGACUUGUCCUUAUCGGCGAAGGUCAUGAACAGCCAAUGAUGCAUCUCAAGACCAAGCCGUUCCUAGUCAAUGUACAGGAUUGGACCGGGCCGAUGCGGGCCACGACGGCGCUAUCAUUCGACCUCACGUAUUGGAAUCUGACAAACUCUCAUUGGGAGCCCUUAUUAGAACCGUGGACACUGACUGUUGAGGCCGUCAAGGAUGUUUCCACUCAAGGCAUCAGGGUACAAGUAUCAUCACCCUACAUGCUUCAUUCCAACAUUACGAUGACCUUCGUCGAAUUAGCACUGGCGGCUAGUGCAAACUGGUCUGGAGAUCGAAUGCAAGUGAUGUCUCGUGGUAGAGGUGGCACUCCACCGUAUCGUAUAAAUAACCAGACCGGCUCUGCCGUCGAGAUUUGGUCAAACACCGAAGCAGGCCAGGUAUCCCCGACUUUACUUCAGGAUGGGCAGACAAUCGAUUGGAGGUUUGACGACUGGCGAAGUUUGCGUGAACAUGUCUCGGCAAGCGGCCAUAACAGUAUUGGAAUCAAAUUUGAAGGGAAGGAAUGGGAUCCCAUUCCAAGCAUUUCUGUUGACAAGGAGGGCCAAUUUCCUGUACUCCUUCGUCCACGUGUCGAUGGAGUCCUUCACCGACUCUUAUGCGAUGUGGUCGUGCAAGAUAAUGUCAAAGUCGUCACCUUGAGAUCCACAUACAAGAUUGACAACGAGUGCAUGUACCCCCUCGAAGUCAUCCUUGUCGAUGACCAUAACAAGCCGGCCUAUGCACCCCAGAAGAUCGAUGCCAAACAAAGCUAUUCGCUUCCUAUCGAGGCUGUUGUUCGAAACCGCAUCAGAAUUCGACCUGACGCUGGUUUUGGAUUUGGAUGGAGCUCUGAAAACUUCAAAUGGGAAGAUUUUACGCGCAGAGCCAGCCAUACAGUCACUUGUCGUUCUCAGGAUUCCGGUAACGCACCGUUUCGGCUUGCACUAUGGGCCGAAAGAGAUACCAAUGGGUCCAAGAAUUACCCACGCUUGACUCUGAAAUUAUAUCCGCCGAUCGAACUCGAAAAUUUGUUGCCAUUUGACAUUCGUUAUCGGGUCCAUGACAAGGCUAGUAACACCAGCUCAUCUGAAUUCUUGCGCAAAGGUGGUAUUUUCCCCAUUCAUACCGUCACAUUGGACCACCUAGUUCUUCUGAAUAUCGCGAUCCAGGACUCAAGCGCGUGGAAACCAAGCAAUUUCAUGAUCAUCAACACAGAUAGCGAAUUCUCUCGAGACAAAAAACUCAUUCUUCCGGACGUCAAUGGCCGGCAACUCGAGCUGGGAUUGAAUUAUCUACCGCACGGCAAGGGUAAUUCUUUUAAAGUUCAGAUCUAUUCUCCAUACAUUCUCGUCAACAAGACCGGCCUACCCUUCGAAAUCAAAACCGUAGCCAAAAUGUCUAUGCAUUCCAAAGAUGUGGCUGGGGAGACAAAUAAAGACGAGCUCAAGAAGACAACACCUUUCAUGCUAUCUCACUCGACCGGAAACGAGUUUGUUCUCAGAAUUGGAAAGUCUGAAUGGUCGGAGGCUCUUGAUGUCGAAGCACCCACAGCAGAAACGGACCUCGUUCUUCCAUCUGGGAAGUCAGAAGGUCAUCUCGGUGUCUCGUGGACGCCAGGAUCUGGGAAAUACGCGGUUACCAAGGUUAUCACCCUUGCUCCCCGCUACAUCGUCCGCAAUUCCACAAGCGCAAUCAUACGCUACCGAGAAUAUGGCGGCACGGAGCCGGUAGAUCUAAUGCCAGGAUCUUCGUCACCCGUCUUAUGGACUAGACGAGAUCCCGACAAACUCCUCCUGAUAGCAUAUCCUGGCUUGGAUGCUAUUUGGUCGGAGCCGAUUAACAUGGAGAAUGUUGGCUCGGUACAUCUCAAACUUCAACCCAAUGAUAAGCGCGCUCCCGUUCAGCUCAUUAAGGCAGACGUUGAAAUUGCUGGCGCCACGUUGUUCAUCACCCUUCAACGGGAGACCAAGUGGCCAUUCAGAAUCGAGAACCUCAGCGAUCAAGACUUUGUACUCGUUCAAUCGGAUGAAUCAGGUAACACAAGGGACAAGGCUCCAAAGUACGAUAUAGCGCCAAAGUCCGUACUUGACUAUGCUUGGGACUUCCCAGCCGCUCGCGAGAAGUUCCUCCGCCUCUCUGUCGGGCAAUUCUCUCGAAUUAUACAGAUAACAGAAAUAGGCAGCCUCAUCCCCUUCAAAUUCUUGCUCUCCACCAGGUCCUCACGUACAGUGGCACUGGAUAUUCGUGCGGAUGGCCCUACUCAGAUUCUCACAAUUUCAAAUUACAACGAAGCUGUCAGCGUCUACAAACGUGCUAGAGCACCGACUGGCCGACAAGAAACCCUCAUGAGCCAAGAGGCAUUCGAGGCGAUUCAAGAAGAUACAACGCCAUCUCUUACCGUCAGUCUCGUUCUGGAAGGUUUCGGUCUUUCGAUCAGCAAUAAGUCUGCCAUAGAAGUGCUCUAUCUCUCCACGAAGCAGUUUAAGCUCGAAUACACGACGAACGAAUCGUCUCAGGCUAUCAAUCUCUCGAUCGGACACAUUCAAAUUGACAAUCAACUUCCAGAAGCGACGUUCCACGUUGUACUUCAGCCAAGCCCGCUGCCUAGCCGGAGAAUAGGACCUCCCCUUCCUACUGUCCAAGCAUCAGUCGUCCUUUUGAACGAUGCAUCUCAUGGAGUAAUGUUUGUCAAAUAUGCGUCUAUUCUGCUUCAGAGCUUGACCAUCAUGCUCGACGAAGACUUUCUCAUGGAAAUCUUGGACCUGACCAAGAUCAAAGGAGCGUGGGAGAGCAUGAGUGCCGAUAUUCUGGUCAAUGACCCAGAGACUAUUCCGGAGCCCGAGAAUACUGCAGCACCAGGCCAAGAGGUCUACUUCGAAGGACUUCUAUUACAGCCUCUGAAGUUUAUUAUAUCAUUUGUUCGGGCUGAGAGGACCACGCAGCCCACUGCUACUUCCCGAAAUCCAAUCGCCACGGUUGUUCAUGCACUGACUAUGGCACUUGGGAACAUCAACGGUGCUCCUCUUGAGUUUUCAGCGCUCAUACUAUCCGACGCUCGGAUGUCCCAGUCGAUGUUGGUGGACCGUAUUUUCCGCCAUUACCGUCAAGGUGUUAUCCAGCAACUGUACAAGAUCCUUGGCUCUAUCGACUUUAUUGGAAACCCAGUCGGGCUGUUUACAAACGUUUCGUCGGGCGUUAUGGAUAUCUUUUACGAACCGUACGAGGGGGUUAUCAUGCAUGGAGGUGAGGGUUUGGGCUCGGGAAUAGCCAAGGGCGCGGCAAGCUUCCUCAAGAAGACGACCUUUGGACUUGCAGACACAGUUACGCGAGUGACAAGCAGUUUUGGAAAAGGAUUAUCAUCCGCAACCUUUGAUGCCGAGUAUCAGAGUCGUAGGAGGCUUGCGCAGCGGCGAAACAACCCCCGGCACGUCUUCGCAGGUGUUGCUGCGGGAGGCUCUGCCAUGAUGGAUUCGCUUGCCAGUGCGGUACAAGGAGUCGUUGUUCAGCCUGUGGAGGGCUUUGAACGUGAAGGAGGCAUCGGCUUAGCGAAGGGAGUGGCAAAGGGAGUGGCCGGUCUCUUUGUUAAGCCCGUAGUGGGUGUCACUGAUCUCUUUGCAAAUACGGCCACUGGGGUUAGGAACACGGCAACGAUGUUCGAUCCACCUGAUAGAGGACGUGCUCGCAUACCUCGACACGUCCCAUUUGACGGGGUUCUCAAGGUAUACUCUCAGCGAGAAGCUAUCGGACAACAGUGGCUGCGAGAAGUUGACGAAGGACACUUUAAGCACCAAGUAUACGUUGCACACAUUGAGUCUGAGCCCAACCGUCAAAUAUGCAUUUUGACGUCCACCAGCAUCAUCUGUGCGUGGACCGAAAAGCUACGUCUAUGCUGGGACGCGCCUUUCUCAGAUGUCGGCACCGUUUCUUUGGAUGAGAACGGUAUUCGCAUUCUGGACAGAAAAAAGCAUGAGAUUGGGUUUAUCAUAAUCACUGAUAGAAAUGACCGUGAAUGGUUUUAUGGACAGAUAUCCAAGGUUAUUGCGGCAUACAAUGCUGCUAAACGCCUAGAUUCCUCAUGA